AUCCCCGCCAGCCUCCCAAUUCUUGCUUGCUGUCCGGAGCUCACGUCGUGCGUUGUCAGAAGCCUCAAUCCCAGGACUCCUCUCCAAUUGGCCGCCUUCUCGUUCCAAGAUCGACCCACCGCCUCCGCACGCGUAUCGGCAUCAUGUCUGCACCCGCAACCCUUCCCGCCUCUCCCCACCACGUCUUCAGGGACCGUGAGGCUACUGGGACUCCGGCCGAGUCGCCCGCUCGACGCGUCCUCGCUGAACUCACUCCCAAGGCCAUUAACGCGGCCACGAACAACAACGCUGCUGUCGAACAUCUCGAGGCAUUGAAGAACCGCAGCCCCCUAAAACAGGUCCAGACACUGUCUCCAGCACGCCAAAUGGAUACCGAGAACAUGUCAGAGCUUCAGUACCCAGGUCUCGGGCGAAAAAGGCCCAUCACUGAAGUUGACGGCGCGGUCGCGCGCGAGGACGGCUUGGGAUGCACGUAUCGUGCCUUUGAUGAGCGCGACGGCUCGUUACGGCAGGCGUUUAGGCCAGGCGUCAUCGCUAGGAUGCGCGAAAAUCAGUCAACAUCUGCUGUCAACCUCGGGGGAGACGACUCUGAAGAGGACGUUCUGGAAGGAGAGGCACAAGUCUCGCAAGAGACAAACCAAUCCUUCUCAUCAAUGAUCAACUACAAUCCUGACAGGUCUUCUUCCCAAACUCGCGUAUCGCCACCAGCCACAGAAGUUCCAGAACCACCACCUUCAGUAAAUACAUCCAACACCAAAGUUCUUACCGAACGCCAACAACGAGCCGAAGCCCUCCGCCUCCGCCUCCGAAUGGCAAUGUACAAAGUCCACACGAACCAAACCGACAUCCCCCUCGCCGACCUCAAACUCCCUACCCCCGUCACCACCACACCCCUUUCCGAGCCCUCAACCAAACUCUCCACCCUAACGACCGAAGCCUCAAUCUCCACGGCCCACACCUCCCUCUCCACUUCCCUCACCUCCACUACCUCUACAGUCCCCAGCAUAACCUUCUCCCCCGCCCUCUCCUCCCCCACCUCAAAACCGCCCACAAAACCCCAACUCCUCCCCGCGCCCGUCCUCCUCCCCACCGCCUACUCCUCCCGCUUCAUCACCGAGUCCGGCAUCAUCCCCUCGUCCCCACCCGGCUCCGUCUCGCCCGCGCAAACUCAUAUCCACCCCCCGGAGGACCUCUCGCCCUCCCACGACUCCUUCGUGACACCCAUGGCGCAGCGCCGCGCGUUCGAGCAGCUGAGCAGCCCGCCGGGGAGUGGAGAGCGAGAUAUGGGGGAACUGACUACUAGCGCGAGGGCGAACCGGCGGUUCGAGGAGGGCGAUCUGACGAGUAGUGUGGUGAAGGGGCGGGCGGCGAGCGGCCUGAUUGAUCUGAUGAACUCGGUGCGGAGGUAAGGAGGUGGAUUGGGAGAUAUAUCGGAGUGGGGCAGGCGGGCGAACCCUUGAACCAAACCAAAAGUUAUCAGUUAGUAAGCGGAUUGUGUUCGG